AAAAAAGAUUGAGUACAGCGGCUACUUUAGUUUGAAUAGCCCGCAAGUCUCAGAAACCUGGAACGGGUGAGAGAAAUGGAGGUGGAGUAGUGGCGGCUAUAUACGACAGCCAUCUGAGGCGGCGACCUGCGUGAGCAACCUGGCCGACGGGAUGAAGAGUUACGGGCCUAGAUCUACAGCAGACGCCGGGUCGGAUAAAAAUAAACAAGCGCUGGGUGUUGCCACGACGCUUGCAGACGCCUAAUUGACGCCAAGUUACGCCUUGGCAGCUUCAGGCGAGUCGAGCGAGCAUGGCACCACUCCUCCACCUCCGGGACGCCUAGUCGGCGCCUAGGCGACGCCUAGUCGACAGCAGAGGCUAUGGAGGAAAGGGCGUUUGACUGGUUUACAUGGUGGGAAACUCAAACGAGAGAAAAGAAUUGGGAGGUUCUGAAGGAAGCCAUAAAUCGGCAUUUCCAACAAUCCAGUCGGAAGACAGAGAACCAGGAGUAGCGAUCGCCAAGAAAUUCUCUCAGUUCGCAAUCUUCUACGCGAACUACUGUUUCUUCUUACAGCUCGUCAUCACCCCUCGACUCCCUCAUCUGUUCGCAGAAGUCUUCGCAAUCGCAGUCGCGAACUUCUUCUCCUCCAAGUGAAACAAGAUUGACAGGAGGUUUCAAUUCACAAGUUUCGUCCAAGUCACAAGAAACUUUCCCCAGUUUCCCGGCUUUGUCGCGAGCUGACUCUCUCAGUUUGGGUCAAAGUACGAAGCCUUCGAGAAGAGAAUCUCUCAGUUCUCAGACGAUACGUAACAAAGAUGAGGUAUUCAGGAAUCAAGGACAAAGCCGAGCCAGAAGAGAGAUAGAGCUGUCUCUAGUCAAUGAAGAGGAGAAAUCUGCUGUGGUGACUCAAUCCUCUAUCUCCAUAGACUAUGAAUCUGUCAUUGAUAAUUUGCUGGUUCAAAUACUUGGGAAAGCUCUACAGGGACUGUCCACAUCGAGGAAACUGAGGAAAUAGAACAGGGAAAUGAUGGAAAGAAGCUUCAGGGAAUCAUCAGCACAGACACUAAUGCUACUGAGGAACUAAUCAAGCAUGGUUGUGGUGUUCGGUUCUACAAUGGCUUGCAAGGUUUUACUUCCGAGUCUGAUUGUGGAUUAGAUCAGAACUCUGAAUCAAACUCAAGUUAUCAUGUUGCACCAAAGAGGAAGUUAGCUGGGCAUCUUACUGUUAAGAAGAAAUUCUUGUAUAUUUCUGGUGCAUUGAUGAAGUCCCUACUCUAAGUGGUUCUGGCAUGGAUAGGAGAGGAAGUACGGAAUUCGGACUUGACAUUGAUGGCAAUGUCAAACUGAAUGAAAGGAGGAGACAGAUUCAAGAGUUCAUUGAGGUGAAUAGCCCUUAUAUGAUAUUACUCCUGAGUACAAGAGAUGGUGAAUGGGGAAUAUAUCUCAAUAGUCAUAAAUCUGAAAAGUAUUUGGAGGAUGGUGAGAUUGCACUAGGGAGCUGUGAAGCUGUGGUAGAAAGCAUAUUCUAUCCUAAGAUUCUUGAUGGAGUGCAGAAAUUUGUUUUUGAGAAAAGAAUAAGCUAUGUUCGUAUUGAUGGGCAGUCUUCUAUUCAAUCAUUCCACAACUCAAAAGAGGUUAAGAUUGCCAAUAUUGGAAUACUUGCUGAAGCGUACGAAACUUCAUUAGAUAUCUCUUCUGCUGCUGAAAUGUUUGUGAUAUCAAAAGAUUUGGUACUGAAGUUCCUAGUCCAGCAAUCAAUCAAGUACUGGGAGGGGAGAGGUGCAAGAAUGAAGUGGAAGUGGAAGAUCAUUGUUGUUUCCUAUCACCCACCUUGAGGACAAGGUGGUUGUUUAGGGGGGGGGAGUAUUGAUAGGAAUCGGGCCUAUUAGGCUAAUAAUAGAAAUAAUAAUAAUAAUAAUAAGUGUACAUUUAGUAUAAAUAGAAGGGGAGGGGAGGAAUAAGUAGGCUGUUAUUGAAUUAGAAAAUAGAACUUUGGAGAGCUCCGGCACUCUCGAACUUACCCAGAAACUAUCUCUUUUGUAUUUCUUUCUGUUAGUUGAAUGAAAGAUCAGUUUCUUGA